ACUGCAGCAUUCCGCUACCUUUAUUUGCCACUUCAAAUUGCGAUGGUAAAACUUUCAUAUUUCUUUCAAAAUUGUCGCCGUUCUUUUGGGAUUGACGGAUUGUUAGGAUGUUAGUUUUCUGAGUUCUCUUUUGAAGUUUCCCAUGCACCGGUACACUAUUAUAAAAACUAUUGAGUGCUCAGCGCCUCAGCCUGUUUGUUUAUUUCCGACGUAUCUGACGAUGUGAAUGUGGUUGGUUAUUGAUUUCUGAAUUUUCUCCUGUUAUUUGGUUUUAAUUUUCGGAUUAUGUGGAUUUCCCUUUCCUGUAUGAAUUUAUCAGUGCCCGUAACUAUAAAUGGGGAAGCAGCCACAUUAACGACCAUCCAAUGGGCUUACUGCGGGAAUGCUUAUCCGUUUAAUAUCCAUUUUGGAUGAGGAAAUAAUGCUGUGAUAAAGCGUGUCCGGGAUUAUAGUUAGCGCGUAUGGAGGAAUCGGAUUGUAAGCGCUUCAAAGCGGAUGCCCGGUGUCAGGACAAUGACGCCGCCGCCUAUCCCCAACUGGGUGACGGCCGUGAGCAGGAAUUAAGCAAUCUAUUCCAGAAUGUCGGUUCACUGGCCGAUAGGAAUGGGACGGUGGUGGAAGAACGCCUUAUCACGUCGUCUUUCAAGCAUCCGACCAUUUUGCGCUCCGUUUCCGAUCGGCUACCACUGCCACACCGUAAAACACAUCGUCGCACCAGCAGUACACAGUCAGUUAGUUCAUUGACUGGACAUUCCGGUUUGGAUGACAUCGUUGAUAGUUUUGAGGGGGACAUUCCGGUCACGAUGGUGCAUAACGAUAUUAUGUCCCAGGAGAUUAAUCGCUCGGAUUCGAUCGAGGAAUCAUAUAUCACUCAAUCUGAGCGUCACCCCGUUACACCUCUGACUCCUCCACCGUCGCAAGAGCACACUAACUGGCUGCUGCGCUUUUUUCAGUCGGAUUUGUUCGAUGCUAAUUUGGCCAUCCAUUAUCUCUACAGAUCGAAGUCCAAAGAUACGGGCGUGCAGCAGUAUUUAGGGAACCGGUUGUUUACGCUGGAUCCCGUGGAAGUGGAUUUCUACUUGCCACAGCUGAUUAAUUUGUGCAUUGACACACGCGAUUUGUCUGAUUACCUGCUGCCAUAUUUGAAGUAUCGAUGUGAGCAGAGUCCGGAUCUGGCAUUGAAGACCGCCUGGCUGAUCGAUGCAUAUACUCAGGAUGGCUGGAUGAGAGGGAGGAAAACGCGCAAAACACCUGCUGUCAAGUUUCGCGAUGCCAUAUUGGCCGAAACAUUCGCAGUCAAGACAGCAAAAGCCCCUUCGCUACCGUGUGUACCCGCACUGCGAUCUAUUCGGGAGUCUGAAUCCUUAGGCUGUAUUAGCCCUCUGGGUAGUUUGAAGAAAUCUCAUCAUCGGUCUAAAUCCGAUGCUACAGGAAUUAAUUCCUGUUCCACGCCGACAGGUAAUAAGGAACCGGUUAAGACGACAAUCGGUGAUUUAACGUCGGCGAAAGCCUUUCAUUCGGGAUGCACUUGCUUCGAAACGACAGCAAAUGUCAUGCAUGAACUUCGGGGAGAACCGGUUGAGUGUACAUGUCAGGCGCCGCGAUUAGCGCCUGAGAUGGAAUUUAUUAAAGCUCUAAUCAAGAUCGGAAAGAAUUUGACUCGUUCGCCUAAAGAUGGACGUACGGUGCGAUUAACCGCCGAUCUGGGUGUUAUCAACAUUAAUCUGCCGGCGCGUGUCUGGCUGCCGCUGUACUGGAACACACCCCAUCAUGUCGUGAGGAUACCUCCGCAUGCUGCGGCUGUUUUGAAUUCCAAAGACAAAGCGCCGUAUUUAAUCUUCGUCGAGGUAUUGUUGGUGGAUGAUGUUUUCUGCAGUCCAGUCGCCGGAAAGAUUCAGGAGAAUCUAAUGCGGCAGACCAAAUCCGAAGACAAUAUCGCCGACCAGUCGCCAUGCGAUGAGGGAAUAUCAUCAAAUAAAAGUGACGAGGACGGGGAAUGCUGGUCUCAAGAGGAUGAUGAGAUACUGAAUCAGUUUCCUCUGCAUCAUGGCAGUCGGUCAUUCAAUGGCGAGACAACAUCCGUCUGGUCGCAAGAAAGCAUGGUCAGUUUGGAGAGUCGGGAAAUGACCAUCAGUGCGGGCGAUGUGGUGCGACGCCUCAAUCAAAGCCUGGUGGCCGAUGAUGGCACUUUUAAGCCUGACCAUGAAGACCCUUCGGCAGCGGCCAUGAAAGAGCCCUGGGAAAUUAAACAGAGCCGAAUCCGGCGUAAUUCACCUUAUGGACACCUGCCCAAUUGGCGUCUGUUGGCAGUUAUUGUGAAAUGCGGGGAUGAUCUACGCCAGGAACAGUUGGCGCAUCAAAUGCUAAGGCUUUUACAGAAAAUCUGGGAAGCAGAGAAACUGAAGCUGUGGGUGCGACCCUGUCACAUCCUGGUGACAGGAAAGGAUCAAGGCAUGAUCGAGCCGAUUAUUAACGCUGUCUCGCUGCAUCAGAUCAAAAAGCAGAGUCAACUGCCACUGCUACAGUACUUCAUCCGUGAAUAUGGUGGUCAGACCACAGAGGAUUUUUUCAAAGCGCAGCUCAAUUUCGUGCAUAGUCUUGCAGCCUAUUGCCUUGUAUCCUACUUGUUGCAGGUCAAGGAUCGGCACAACGGAAACAUAUUGUUGGAUGCCCAAGGUCAUCUGAUCCAUAUUGAUUUUGGAUUUAUCCUGUCGCAGUCGCCACGCAGCUUAGGCUUUGAGAAUUCUCAUUUUAAGCUGACGAGUGAUUUUGUGGACGUGCUGGGUGGUGUGGGAAGUGAUAUGUUCGAAUAUUAUAAGCUGGAGAUGCUCAAAGGGUUGAUCGCUACUCGAAAACACUGUGAUAAAAUUAUAUCCCUCUUUGAAGUUAUGCAGAGCGCUGACUUGCCCUGUUUCAAAAACGGUGGAUCAAGCAUCAUCAAUGGAUUAAAGCAGCGUUUGCACAUUUAUACAACGGAGGAAAGUUUACAACAGCUGGUGGAGAAUAUGGUCACAUCCAGUAUUGCCUCAAUAACAACGAAACUCUACGAUGAUUACCAGUUUUAUUCCAAUGGCAUAAUGUAGAUUUUACGGAGAUUAAUGUGCAUUGUUUGCGGCACGCCAGUGUGUUCUCGUUGAGUCUUUUGUUGCGCUGACGCGGGCGAUGUAGACAUUGGUAGCAAAGUGAUUAUGUUUGUUGGGCCUGAUAUUUUUACACAGAUUUUAUUAUUUGGCACUGGAGUUCUGUCGUUUUACUCCGCAAGUCCGAAAUGUUCCGUUCUGGUUUUUGGAAUGUCUGUUAUAUCGUUUAUUUGUGACCGGUCACGCUGUGCAGCUGUGUACUUUUUUAGCGCUAUUUUAUGUUUGUAAUCGUCCUUUUUUGACGGCCUCGCUAAGCCCAGUAUGUACAAACGUUAUUAAAGACAUCUAAUUCA